AUGGCGAACAAGGAAGAAAAACAGCGAGAUGAUGAGGUGGAGAGACUUUGUCUGUUGUUCACUGGGCGUAUAAACAAGAAUCUUGCUCAACAGAUCAUUGAGGAGAGUGGAGGACUGCAAGAGGCGGCUUGUUUCUUGAUGCUAAGUUCUUCAGAAAUUGUCAGACAACGAUUAAGAAAGAAUGCUGAGUAUGUCCGUGACCUCCAGAGAGAUGCGGCAAAGUUUCGGGAGACACUAGAUAGUGGUACAGAAGACAUGCAGUUUGCCUGUGAAGCAUGUAAUAGGAUGUGGUGGAAAAGAGUGCCUAAACGAAAGCAGGUAUCAAAGUGUUACCGUUGUCGCAUCAAGUAUGAGCCCAUUCCACCGGAGCACCAGUGGGGAUGGGGGGAGUUUGAGUGUCCAGUGGGACACACCUUUAGGGGAUUUGGUAUCAUGGGGCGAACAAAGAGCAAAUGCUACAGAUGUGACAUGAAGAAAGAAGCCGAAUUGAUGUUCAUCAUUCCUCCAAAGAAAAGAGAUGAAGAAGAUGCACAGAGACCUCGGCGACACCGUCAUAACUGCAAUGGAAUCAACUGCUAUCACCCUACUGGUGACUAUAAGUUGGGAGACAACGAAAAACCUCCAGUGUGUAUUCACCCACGAUCACAUGCCACUAACGAGCCAGUAAGAAUCCACUGCGCCAGCAAUGUUCACAUCAGCACUGGUUCUACGUUUGUCACCAUACUUGACCAGGGAAGUCUGGACACGAAUGAACGUAAACCAGCCGAUUCACUGAAAACAAUAUCAGAGCAUAGUGAUGAGGAAGCUGACAACGUGUAA